AGAUUAUCAUUGUGAUGUCUUUUCUAUUUAUUAUAGCCUGAUUUUUAUUUGGCGGCUUGGGUUGGGUACCCAUUUGGCGGGCGGCGUCACUGUACAGUGUUCUCUUGCUUGACGUCUUAGCUGGAGAGAUUGGUUAGACUUUUGUCCGUAGGUAACAUAAAGUUGCUGAUAUGGCUGAUGAUGCAGUAGUGGAGAAGAAACGUGGUCGCAAGUCCGCAGUAGAUGAUGGACCAGCUAAGAAGAAGGAAAAGAAGGAGGUGAAAGAAAGUGGAGCCACUCCUGCGAAGCGAGGGAGGGGCAGACCAAAGGGCUCUGGCAAGAAAGCUGCCGGAAAAGCAAAGGCAAAAUCCACUCCUGGAAAGGGACGUGGAAGGCCAAAAAAAAGUGAUAAGAAAGCCGACUCAGCAGAAGAGGAGGAGGAGGAGGAAGAAAACGACGAAGAGAACUAAAUCUGUGCUAAUGAAUGUUAAGGAAGAACUGCCUUUAUGAAAAUAUGUAGGUUAUAUACAAAAUAAAUAUUUGUAUGUAUUUUACAUACAAGUCUUAUCUAGAUAGAUAGUGUCUUACAAAAGUGCCACUGAAAUGCAUACAAUGUUAAAUUAUUAAUUUUAGUUAUGAAGACAAAUUUUUAGAUUGUUGAAAUUUUUAGAACCAUUUUAAAAAGUGAGUGCAUAGUCAUUGGUUCACUAAUAUGAUUGGUGAAGUAAUUUAUCUGUAAUGAGUUUGUGUUUGUUUAUGUGUAUUAGAAUUUAUUUAUAUUAUAGUGUAAACUUAAUUUCAGUAUAUUAAGUAUUUUAUUUUAUAGAUAAUACAUUGUGCUGUCACUGUUCAACAGACCAAUCUGUUGUAGGUACAAGAUUACUUUAAUAUUCUGUUAACCCAAUAAGUGAUACUAUUGUCUACCUUACCUAGCCUUAAUCAACUCUGACUGGACCAAGUAAUAUGUUCUGAAAUUCUUAUAAACUCAGUGUUUGUAUUAGUAAGUGCAAAAUAUACUUUUUUAUACUGGUA